AUGGAGUCAAAAUCGCCUGCUAGAUUCGUCUUAGGAAAGCAGUCCUCUCUGGCGCCGGACCAGUCGGUUCAAGCCCAGGAUGCGGAUGGCUCUGAGGCGGCGAUAGACCCGAGGGUUCGGCUAAUGUACAUGGCCAAUGAGGGAGAUUUGGAGGGAAUCAACGAGCUAUUGGACUCCGGCACCGAUGUCAAUUACCGUGACAUCGAUAAACGCACCGCUUUGCAUGUUGCGGCUUGCCAGGGGAAGACCGAUGUUGUUCAGUUGUUGCUCAGCCGUGGAGCCGAAGUCGAUCCCAAAGACCGUUGGGGCAGCACGCCUCUUGCAGAUGCAGUAUAUUACAAAAACCACGACAUAAUCAAGCUUUUGGAGAAACAUGGUGCAAAGCCUCCGAUAGCUCCCAUGCAUGUCCAAAAUGCUCGUGAAGUCCCUGAGUAUGAAAUUCAUCCUGCAGAGCUUGAUUUUUCCAACAGCAUUGAGAUAACAAAGGGAACCUUUCGCAUGGCAUCAUGGCGUGGUAUUCAGGUUGCUGUGAAGACACUUGGAGAGGAAGUGCUCACUGAUGAGAAUAAAGUGAAGGCAUUCAGAGAUGAGCUUGCAUUACUUCAGAGAAUACGUCAUCCAAAUGUUGUCCAGUUUUUGGGUGCUGUAACUCAAAGCAAUCCGAUGAUGAUUGUCACAGAAUAUCUACCUAAGGGAGAUCUUCGCGCAUAUUUGAAGAAAAAGGGUGCAUUGAAGCCCACACUGGCAGUGAAGUUUGCACUUGACAUCGCCAGGGGAAUGAAUUAUUUGCAUGAGCAUAAACCUGAAGCCAUAAUUCAUCGAGAUCUUGAACCUUCAAAUAUACUGCGGGAUGAUUCUGGGCAUCUGAAAGUUGCAGACUUUGGAUUUAGCAAGAUACUGAAAUUUUCAAAUACAGUUAAGGAAGACAGACCUGUGACAUGCCAAGAAACUUCCUGUAGAUAUGUGGCCCCAGAGGUUUACAAAAAUGAAGAAUAUGACACUAAAGUGGACGUGUUCUCAUUUGCUUUGAUCUUACAAGAGAUGAUUGAAGGUUGUCCACCAUUUUCCACAAGGCAAGAAAAAGAAGUUCCUAAAGUAUAUGUUGCAAAUGAGCGCCCACCAUUCAGAGCUCCCCCAAAGUGUUAUGCAUAUGGAUUAAGAGAGUUAAUUGAGGAAUGUUGGAGUGAGAAGCCAUUCAAGAGACCAACAUUCAGGCAAAUAAUAACGAGGUUGGAUUACAUAUAUAAUCAGCUUCCUCAUAAGAGGCACUGGAAGGAAUGUUUUUGUUUGGUGACUUUUCCAAAGGGAGAUUCACACUAGUCUACGUGUCAUUUUGCCCCAAUUCAUUUUACAUUAAACAAAUGCGCCCCUACGCCUUGCAUUUCACAAGAUCUCAACACCAAUCUCUCUUCUACUCUAAUCAGUUCUCUGUAAUUUGCAAAUGCGGUGCCAGGAGAAUAAGACAUGCUGGCAAUUUGGACCGAGCUUUUCUAAUUUGAUUCUCAGUCUAUUGACACUGAUUGAGGCAAAUGAGAAUAAGUGAUGAACUUCUGCAUAUAUAAGAUUGGUAGUUCAUGUGACAAUCCCAUGUUUGUUUGAGUUGUUUUUGAUUGAAAAUCAAGAAUGGGAGGCAAUUUAAAGGCCAUAGUAAAUUCUAGAGAUGUAUACAGGUAGGGCAUAAAGGGAGUGAGAAAUGAAGACAAAUGGGUCCCUCUUACCUUAUGAUUCUCCAAUAUAAAUUUCUUUCCUGAAUAUUAGAAAACAUAAUUUUGAUCCUGGAUAAGUUAUGUAAGAGGCACCAAUUUUCGAAAUAUUCACUAGAUGGGUGUUUGAAAUCCUGGGUCAUCAUGCUUUUCAAUUGAGCAGGAAAAUUGUCUUGAUUAAUUUACGCAUCUUUUUGCAUGUUUUAUUUUGGCGUAUAAACAUGAAGCUUAUCCAGGGGUACUGUAUACACAGGUUGGGCCACUUAAAUGUUUUCAGAACCUAGAAGCCUUCUUGAAGAAACAUAAUUCAAAUCCAAGCAGCUGUACGCCUCGAUCUAGGACAAAUGAGUAAAUAUUGCCUCAAUUUAUGCAUUGUUUCAGUGCUUGUUUUACCUGGAAAUAGGGAGGUUUCAUUCUGCAAAGAAACAAAUAGAUAUUAGAUUUUGUCAAUAUUUCAAUUCAGUGAUCUUGUAUCAUUCAGUUCA